AUGUUGAUGCCUUUCAAUAAUGAUGAAUUUUUCCAGGUCCGAAUUCCGGUGCUCAUGAUCUCUUACCAAUGUAUGAUAGCAAUUAACAUUACAUAUCCAGCUAGUCAAGGGUACAUCGUACAGAUCAAAGUAUCACCGGGUUACUACGAUUUGUUCCGAUACCUUAUUCCAUUUGUAGUCGUCGUAGGAUUCUGCUUCAUUGUACUGCUUAUCAGUUUGGCGAUACGAUUGUGUCGUGAGCGUCGACGCGUCGCUCGAAAACGUCUCUCGAAAAGGAAUCUUCGAAAGAUUCCAACGAAGAAAUUCCGGAAAGGAGACGAACCAGAAACGUGUGCUAUUUGCCUAGACGACUUCAUCGAGGGUGAAAAAUUGCGUGUUUUGCCAUGUCGACAUACAAACCUACAUUUUCUCGAAGGCACAUCAGUUACUCAUACCUAUGCUCGAAACGACGAAGAAAAAAGCGACCGAAAAAAACUCGAUUGCAAGGGAGAAGACGAAAGUAAACUAAACCUAUAA